GAGAGAGAGAGAGGGAAGGAAGGGGAGAGAGAGAGAGAGAGUUGGAUGCAGACUGGAUGUGGUUGCGGAGUUCCAACGCCAGCCCCAGGCUCGGGUCAGCCCCCUGUUGGAAGUGAAACUGACCGAGCGCGGCGCUGCUGCAAGCCAUGGCGGCUCAGGGCGACUCUCUGAGCGGCUACCUGGUGGCGCCCCAGCCGCUGCAGGAACCCGGAGCCACCGACCCUGGCUCCAACAGCGAGAGGAGCACCGACUCGCCGCUCGCAGCCUCCGAGGACGAUGGGCACGCUCUCCCGCACUGUACUGACCCAGACUGGGUGGAGGAGAGAUUCCGGGUGGACCGUAAGAAACUGGAGGCGAUGUUACAAGCUGCCGCUGAAGGGAAAGGAAAGAGUGGGGAAGACUUCUUCCAGAAGAUUAUGGAAGAAACAGGCACACAAAUAGCAUGGCCAUCCAAACUGAAGAUUGGAGCAAAGUCCAAGAAAGAUCCCCACAUUAAAGUUGGCGGAAAGAAAGAAAACGUGAAGGAAGCGAAAGAAAAAAUCAUGUCUGUUCUGGACACAAAAAGUAAUCGGGUAACCCUGAAGAUGGAUGUGUCGCACACGGAGCACUCCCAUGUAAUUGGCAAAGGAGGAAACAACAUCAAAAAAGUAAUGGAGGAGACAGGCUGCCACAUUCAUUUCCCUGACUCUAACCGGAAUAACCAGACAGAGAAAAGCAAUCAGGUCUCCAUAGCAGGACAGCCGUCCGGUGUGGAAGCAGCCAGAAGUCGUAUAAGAGAGCUGCUCCCUCUGGUGAUGAUGUUCGAUUUACCCAUCGCUGGCAUUUUGCAGCCAAUUCCCGACCCCAACUCACCAACGAUCCAGCAUCUGUCCCAAACGUAUAACAUUUCCAUAUCCUUCAAACAACGAUCACGCAUGUAUGGUGCCACAGUAAUUGUUCGAGGGUCUCAGAACAAUGUUGCAGCAGUCAAGGAAGGGACAGCCAUGUUGCUGGAGCACCUAGCUGGCAGUCUGGGGAGCGCCAUACCCGUCAGCACCCAACUGGACAUUGCACCUCAACACCAUCUCUUCAUGAUGGGUCGCAAUGGGAAUAACAUUAAGCACAUAAUGCAGAGAGCUGGAGCUCAGAUCCACUUUCCAGAUCCCAGCAAUCCCCAGAAGAAGUCCACAGUCUACCUCCAGGGCACUAUUGAGUCUGUCUGUCUAGCUAGACAAUACCUCAUGGGUUGUCUCCCCCUUGUGUUGAUGUUCGAUAUGAAGGAAGACAUUGAAGUGGAACCACAGAGGAUCACUCAGUUAAUGGAGCAGUUGGAUGUCUUCAUUAGCAUCAAGCCAAAGCCCAAACAACCAAGCAAGUCAGUGAUUGUGAAAAGCGUGGAAAGAAAUGCUGUAAAUAUGUAUGAAGCAAGAAAAUGUCUGCUGGGUUUGGAAAAUAGUGGUGUUGCCAUGGCAAAUACAGCACCUGCAGUUACCUGUCCCAUUGGACUCUCUUGUCAUGGACUCGAUAUCCUGGCUUCAGCUGGACUAGGCCUCGCUGGUUUAGGUUUCUCCACAGUAUCUCCCCUCAUGAUCCCACCAACAACACAGGCAACCUUGACCAGUAUCUUGCUGUCAGGUCUGCAUGGGUAUGGCCAGACCACGCCAUCGCCUCCCCCUGGUCUAGCACCCAUGGACAUUCAGAUCAGCGCCUUGUCACCAGAGAGCGAUAAGACAGCAACGUCCUGUGUCAAUGGCCACGUCAAGCCGUCAAGUGCUAUUUACACUAGAAUUUCAACUCCCUGUCUAGCUGAUAAAGUAUUGAGUAAUAACCACCCUGAAGGACCUCGGGAGAGUUCAAUUAAUGCCCAAGAGCAGCUGUCCAGCAAGUCCACUCCAACAGAAGGUUCCAAUGAUGCCUUUGUGGAAGUGGGCAUGCCCAGAAGCCCCUCGCACUCGGCCAACAGUAAUGAACUGAAGCAGAUGCUCAACGGUUCUUCCAGCUCCGUGGCAAAACGACAGGCUUUGGAACUGUUGCAGGGCACCAAGAACAGCCAUCGACACACUUCAGACAGACUGCUUUCCGAUUCUGAUUCCAGUGCCACUGAGGGCACAGCUACAGACAAGCGGGCCCCUGGGAGUGAGCGAGCAGCAGAACGAGCUGCUGCCCAACAGAACUCGGAGCGACUGCGACUGGCUCCACAGUCGGCCUAUGCAAAUAUCCAGGCUUUUGACUAUGAACAGAAGAAGCUGUUGGCAACCAAAGCUAUGCUGAAGAAGCCUGUUGUGACUGAAAUAAGGACUCCGACAAACACAUGGAGUGGCCUUGGGUUCUCCAAAUCAAUGCCUGCAGAAACAAUCAAAGAACUAAGACGUGCCAAUCACGUGUCCUACAAACCAUCGAUGUCAACCACUUACGAGUCAUCGUCGCCAGUGUCACUAUCACGGUCAAACAGUCGGGAGUGCAUUGGGGGUGGCAGCGAGUCUGAUAACUGGAGGGAUCGGAAUGGCUCUCAUGGUGAAUUUCCAACAUCUAUCAACAGUCCCAAGCAAAAAAAUAACCCAUCUGAGCACUACUUGACCAGCACUAAUUACAUGGACUGCAUUUCCUCGCUGAUGGGCAGCAAUGGCUGCAGCCUCAAUAAUUCCUUCAAAGGCUCUGAGUUGCCUGAACUCUUCAGCAAGCUCGGCUUAGGCAAAUACACAGAUAUCUUCCAGCAACAAGAGAUUGACAUUCAGACUUUCCUCACUCUGACUGACCAGGAUUUGAAGGAGCUCGGGAUUACCACAUUUGGUGCCAGAAGGAAAAUGCUGCUUGCCAUUUCAGAAUUGAACAAAAACUGUCGAAAACCCUUUGAGCCUCCAAAUAUCCGUUCAACGUUCCUAGAAGGUGGAGCGAGUGGCCGGUUACCGCGACAAUAUCAUUCUGAAGUUGCCAGCAUCAGUGGCCGGUGGUAGCAGUGAAAUGGAACUCGCUCACCUGUAGCUGCCACAAGAGGGCUGGCACAAACUGUGCCUGACAUUAACCCUGUGGAGAGCAUUUACUGCACAGAGCCCUCCAUGUUAUAGGAGUUUGGAUUACAAAGACCAAAGCCUGCGUGAUUUUGUGCAAAUAGUUGUGCCAAAUGGAAAAAAGAACAGGCCUAUCAAUGUGUAUUCCAUGGUUGCCUUUGCUGUUUCACCAAAUAUGGUACCAAUCUAUACGCAGAUUAGAGAAUGUUCAUUAACACAAGCUUUCUUGCUCAAUAUUAUUUAUUAGAGAACAAAAAACUUAAAUUAUGCACUGAAAUGUUAGGUUCUACCACAGAAUUAGACUCGAACCACUAACCUAAGUGCAUUGUGUGUAUAGUUUGUUAGCAGGUUGUGAGAUGGAAGUACUGCUAAGUAGAGGGACUUAAAUCUAGUUGCUUCUGCAUUUUACAUGUCCUGGCUUCCUAGACCUUUGGAAACAUAUAUUUUCCUCUGGUCCUCAAAAAUAGAAAGAUGCAUUUUAUUAGAUAAAAUGGAGUGGGCAUGUGCAGGGGCUUGAAUGAAACUGGCACCAUUCUAGAGGCAUGUUAUGUAGGAUCAAUUAUAUUGUCCAAAGUGGCUUGGAUACCUGGUCAUCAGAGAACUAUAUUUAGUCAAAUUCAAGUACGGAAACAAUUCCUCCAGUCAGUAAUUAAAUCCAAUUACAUUUUACUGCCAUCUUAAGCAUGCUUGCCACAUUCAGGAUGCUUAUUUUCUGAGCUAUAAAAAUCAUUACUUUUUAUACGUUACUUUAAAAUCAUUACUUUAAUGCAGCCAGAUCCUUCACUGAAGUACGGAGUAUUUUUGGCAUAGAAAUCAUGCAUUUGCCUCAGUUGGGUCAAUGCCACUGUUUGUGCAAGCUUCCUCUCACCUCUGAUGGCACAUCCUUCUAAUUGUUUCUCGUGUCUGUCUAGCUUCCUCUUAAAUAGAUCUACAACAUUCACCUCAGGUACUUCUUGUGAAACCACAUUCCACAUCCUUGACAAUUUUGGGUUAAGAAGCCUCUCCUGAAUUUCCGAUUGGAUUUAUUCAGUUUAUUAUUUGUUCAUAAUUCAUACAUUCCCAGGGAUCCUCUCAAUAACCAGGUCUAAAUUAGAACAAUUUCAGUGACAUAAUUUACAUGAAAAUGUAGAUACAAUAUCAAUUAGUUGUUCCUGCACUGGCUCAAUUUGCACACAAAAUCAACUCAAAAACCAAUGCUCCUUGUGACUUCCAACAGAUGUGCACAAGCAAGGCUAUAUUGGUUGCGAUACUGGUGCAGCUCUAUAUCGGUACUGUGAAAACCAAGAAUAAGUAUCUGCUCUUCAGCAGCUUUCCCAUGCAAAUCGAGCUGGUGCAGAAUCGGCCAUAUAACUAGAUAAUACUGGCAAAACUUGUGCCUUCAUUUUCCUAUAAAAGUUUUCAAUUUAAAAAAAAUAGAAAGUUAAUAUGCACGUUUGUGGAUGUACUUGGCAGUGGGAGAUGUAAGAAGCAGAAACAGAUGGACCUAAAUAGCAUGCAUGUUUUUCUAGGAUCGUUUGCAGUUCAGUUCUGAAUGUCCCGCCUAUUACCAUAUGAAAGUGUUUUGUUGUCUGAGAGCUUUAUUGUUGACUCACAUGAACAUUGAUAGACAGGAAUAAAUGGCCUGCACAAUUGCAAAGUCUAGUGUGCCACUAUACAUACAGUCCAGUUUGAAAUGUUGGCAGGGAAGGCUAGUUUUUGACAUUACUCUGGUCCUGAAUUUCCUGCAGUACAAAGUUAGCUUUGCCAGUUCAUCUCUCAGUUGAAGGAAUUCAGCAAACCGGCAUGCACUGUGUGAGCCAGCAGCUUGUUCCCAAGGCCCAGUGUUUGGAUAAUUCCCACUCUUUGACCUCCAACCUGGAGGACUCCACAGUCUCAUCUGUGGAAGUGUCACUGAUGAUACCAUGUAAUUAGCUACUAAGAAGUGACAUCGAUGAAAAUGAAGUCAAUUUCCCUCCCAUCUAUCUUCCAUCCCCAUGAUCCCAUUCAAAGACAGAUUUGUUUCACUUCAUCACCAUGUCUGAGAAAAUGGAUAACUCCUACAAUGGGGAGAAGCCUAUCAGUUCUCAGACUCAAUGUUUUCUUUGGAAUUCAAAAGAUUGUUUGUUUCUCCUUUAGCAAGGCCAUCUUCAGUGCUUCAGUAGCAGCCUAUAACCCAGCAAGGUCUCCAGGCAACGGGUUCAGCAUUUCUCUUCUCUUUUUCUGUGACAAUGUCUUUGUUCCUUUUUGUUUGCACUGUCAUUGGUCCCAUGUACAAAGUUUAAAAAUGAUGUCUGUUUGUGCUGUUUGUGGUGAAGAUCUUUAGCCGAAAUGAAGGAAGAUUCCAAGUACCUACCUUUUCUGCUGCCCAAUUAUAUUGAAAUUCACGUCCAGAUUGAUCGGUUCUGCCUGACCUUUAAAAACAGGGACAAGUGCAGCCACAGUGGCUGAACUGUAUUUAUAAAAAAAUAUACAGUACACACUUUGUAAGACUUAAACUGCUAAGUCUCCUGCAUAGCCAGCUUUAGGUGAACACCAUCUUUGCUGCAUGAGUGAAAUCAGUAAUUAAAAAUAUGUGAAUAGUUUAAUAUUGUUUUCUAUUUUCAAUGGCAAUUAUGCAUUUCGUCUGUAUAGAUUUUUAAUUGUUGGAUUGAUUGAAAACAAAUUUGCACACUCAAAGGGAAGAGGCUUUGUUUUGUCACUUUCAUAUAUAAAAUUUAGUUUUGUGAUUUUUUUUCUCUCAAUGAUUAGCAACUAAGAGGAAAUCCAUUAUUGUGAAUCCCUCUUAAAGUUUUCAGAAGUCAGUGAUAUCUGUGUACACCAAAGUGAAGGCUUUUCAGUUUACAGAAGGUAGACUGAAAGAAUUUUCUGUACGAAACACUGGAAGAAUAUGUGCUUGUCUCACUGCAGUGAGGAGGUGCCAUGCUAACCUUGCGUAGACUAACACCGAGGCACAAUGGCUUUCUAAUGGACAAAGUGGUUUGAUUAUCAGCUUAAGCUGAAGGUUAGCAAUAACUCAGUGCCUUGAGUGAUGAUUUAUCUGUAAAUAUAGCACAGAUGUUUAUUUUCAGGUUUGGGAGGGAUGGGGAAGGAUUUAGUAACCUUUCUAUGACUUUUGAUUUUUUUACAAAAUGAUAUUGUUUGUGGAUAAGCUUUAACAAAGGGAAUUUUCAAUACAGUUUUAUGUUGCAUUAAAAGAUAAUUUUAUAAAUCUCU